AUGACUUCGACGCAUCCUUACUUGACCAGUCCGACGUCAACCCAGCGGAGCGCUUCAGAUCAUAAAAAGCUACGCUCCGCCUGUGAUGCGUGCCAUCAGUGCAAAGUCAAGUGUUCUGGAGGAUCUCCAUGUUUCCGUUGCACGACGAAGGGCUUAUUGUGCCGCUACGGUUAUCAAAACCGGGCAGGAAAGCCCAAGGGAAGCAAGAAUCGGAAGACCCUAGAGAGAGAGCAUCAACUCCGGAUGGAAUGGCUGACCAGUCAGUUGCGAGAGGCCGAUGAAGGGCUGGGGGAUAUGAACAUCGAUCUGUCAGCUCCAACACUCCUUCCGAGUCCGUCAUUCCAACCAAGCCGCUGGAAACAGGGCCAUGUUCAUCUCCAAUCUACUGUCCACCCCACGGCGGCCGAUCAAUGUAUCAAGUCCACCGAACAUGAGAACGAAUGCCUUACAUCGCCCCAUGCCUUGGAUACGUGGACGAUGGACCUAGCCCCGAUGCUACAGACACCCAGGGAAAGCACGUCAGGGGGCUUUGAAGGAUUCACGACACCCAUAUCCUUGACCGACGAUACGUACCUGCGGCAGCUUACUGACACCACCACCCCGAGGACCCAUGAAACCCCAUCCCCUGACGCCUGUCUAGGAAGAGCGGAAGAUCCAUGUCCCUGUGUCCAAUCGCAGGCUGUCAACAUAUCCACCCUACACCGGCUUACGUGUCGCAAUAUGCCGGACCGGUUCGACCUGGUCAUGAAGUCAAUCUCGUCGACCCUCGAGACCUGCGAAAGAUUUAUCGCCUGCGACGCCUGCGACAAGUCCUUUUCUGCCAUUCUGCUCACGCUGUCAGCGAUCGAGCUGAUCUUCAAAUUAUUCGAGCAACUGACCACGGACAACCGGGGUCUGUCGCCACCAGAAGACCAACGCGUCGUCCCUUGCUCUCUCGGCGACUACAAGGUGACUAGAGAAGAGGGCCAAGCGAUCCGGAAUGUCCUCGUCAAGAUGACCCUCUCAAAAGGACGGCAAACUCUCGAUGCGUUACUGAAUCUGGUGAACGGACCCAAAGAUCUUGGGAGCGAACCGGGGCAACGUGAGGCUCCUCGACACGACUGCAACGGUAAUUUAGAGCCAGUGCUAAACGGCUUGUCGCUUACCGAUCGAGACUAUAUGACCCAAUGUAUCGGACGCAAAAAUGCGGCGUUGGAAGUCCUCAUGGCCGCGGUUGUCGUGUAG